GUUCCCGCACGCACCCGCCCUCCGGCCCCGCCGCCAGCAAACCGCCGCCGCGGGCGCGCCCCCGCUCUGCGCUGCCUCUGCCAUGGCGUCCGCGUCCGCCUCCGGGACCGUGGCGAAGCACGAGCAGAUCCUGGUCCUCGACCCGCCCACAGACCUCAAAUUCAAAGGCCCCUUCACAGAUGUAGUCACUACAAAUCUUAAGUUGCGAAAUCCAUCGGAUAGGAAAGUAUGCUUCAAAGUGAAGACUACAGCCCCUCGACGGUACUGUGUGAGGCCCAACAGUGGAAUUAUUGAACCAGGGUCAACUGUGACCGUUUCAGUAAUGCUUCAGCCUUUUGACUAUGAUCCCAACGAAAAGAGUAAACACAAGUUUAUGGUACAGACAAUUUUUGCUCCACCAAACAUUACAGAUAUGGAAGCUGUGUGGAAAGAGGCAAAACCUGAUGAAUUAAUGGAUUCUAAAUUGAGAUGUGUGUUUGAACUGCCCAAUGAAAACGAUAAAUUGAAUGAUAUGGAACCUAGCAAAGCUGUUCCAUUGAAUGCAUCUAAACAAGAUGGACCCAUGCCAAAACCGCAUAGUGUUUCACUUAAUGAUACUGAAACAAGGAAACUCAUGGAAGAGUGUAAAAGACUUCAGGGAGAAAUGAUGAAACUAUCAGAAGAAAAUCGACAUCUGAGAGAUGAAGGCUUACGGCUCAGAAAGGUAGCACAUUCGGAUAAACCUGGAUCAACCUCAGCUGCAUCCUUCAGAGAUAAUGUCACCAGUCCCCUUCCUUCACUUCUUGUUGUAAUUGCAGCCAUUUUCAUUGGAUUCUUUCUAGGGAAAUUCAUCUUGUAGAGUGAAGCAUGCUGAGUGCUAUUUCUUUCUUUCUUUUUUUUUUCUCUUGACCAGAAAAGAUUUGUUUACCUACCAUUUCAUUGGUAGUAUGGCCCACAGUGACCAUUUUUUUUUGUUGUGUGUGUGUGUACAGCGUCAUAUAGGCUUUGCCUUUAAUGAUCUCUUACGGUUAGACAACACAAUAAAAAACAAACUGUUCGGCUACUGGACAAAAAUUGUAUAUUAUCAGAUCACUAGCAGAUGUCAGUUGCACAUUCAGUCCUUUAUGAAAUUCAUAAAUAAAGAAUUGUUCUUUCUUUGUGGUUUUAAUAAGAGUUCAAGAAUUGUUCAGAGUCUUGUAAAUGUUAUUUUAAUAAUCCCUUUAAAUUUUAUCUGUUGCUGUUACCUCUUGAAAUAUGAUUUAUUUAGAUUGCUAAUUCCACUCAUUCAGGAAAUGCCAAGAGGUAGUCUGUGGGGAAAUGGUGCCUCUUACAGUGUAAAUUUUCUCCUUUACCUUUGCUAAUAUCAUGGCAGAAUUUUCUUACCCCUUGUGAGGCAGUUGUUGACUGAGUUUCUCAUCCUUACAGUCCUGUCCCAUGGUAUUUAACAUUAAAGAAAAUAAAACUGUUAACAGAUUCUUGCUGAA